AUGACAAAUGUGCCAGCAGCGAUGGAUCCAAAUGGAAUCCUCGUAACACGUGCGAUUGCGGAGCGACAACCACAUUUCUAUCGUUAUUUGGUGCACUACGAUAACGAUAUGAAACCGGGCGAUUCAUUCGCGACGUGUAAAUUAUCAGAAGACCAUGCGUGCCGUAAUCUCGCUUUGGCAACCAAUGCACUGGAUCAUACGAAUUAUUUCGGUAUUAAUGCUGAUGAGUAUUUGGCGAAUAAAUGUAAGAAUGGUCUGCUGAAGGCAGUAGCCUUCAACACAACUUCCACCAUUCCUGCUGCUGCUACUACUACUGCUUCCUGA